UAUAUCGACCGCAUCAUUGACUGUGAAUCCCAUCUCAAGAGUUAUCCCGAAGUAAUCGCAGAUCAAAACAAUGGCCACAAACGGAACCACUGAUGAACACAAGACGAUCUACGAGUUCAGCGCCAAAGACAUCGACGGCAACGAGCAAUCGCUGGACAAAUACCGCGGAUUUGCGGUGAUUAUCGUAAACGUGGCCUCAAAUUGCGGAUUCACUAAAACCAAUUACAAAGAGCUGAACGAACUGUACGACAAGUACGAGGCCCGGGGUCUCCGAAUCGCCGCCUUUCCCUGCAAUCAGUUCCUCAAUCAGGAGUCGGCCUGUGAUGUGGACAUCAAGGAGUUCGCGAAGAAACAGGGAGUGAAGUAUGACUUCUACGCCAAGAUUGAUGUCAAUGGUGACAACGCCCACCCCUUGUGGAAGUGGCUCAAGGGACAGUUGUCUGGCUUUAUGGGUUCGUUCGUGAAGUGGAAUUUCACUAAAUUCCUGGUCAACAGGGAUGGCGUGCCCGUCAAGCGGUUUGCCCCCAACACCAGCCCUAAUAAGAUGAUCGCCGACAUUGAGGCCCUCCUCGACGCCCAGCCCUCCGCUAAUUGAGUGCUCUUUUUCCGUAUUACAGGUGCUGGACAUCCAUGUCUUCAUGUUUUACUCUCUCUCUCUCUCUCUCUCUCUCUCUCUCUCUCUC